GUCGCUAUCAGUAGCCACAUCACCAGCGAACAGCCACCACCGGCUGCGGUUACAGGUUCCGCACUCAGGCGAGUACGGAGAGAGCAACAGCAGAGAGACCGGUGAGCGCGGACACUUCCUGCAUACAGAGGCCACACCGUCACAGAGGACAGCAGCGACGAACUCACACAGACAGAGCCAUGGUGGAAUACUACCAGAUAUUAGGAGUCCAGAAAAAUGCAACACAAGAGGAUAUUAAAAAAGCUUACAGAAAAUUGGCCCUGAAGUGGCAUCCAGACAAGAACCCAGACAACAAGGAAGAAGCAGAGAAAAAGUUCAAAGAGCUGUCAGAGGCAUAUGAAGUGCUCUCCGACGAAAGCAAGAGGAAUAUUUAUGACCGAUACGGCAAAGAUGGCCUUUCAGGAGGAGGAGGAGGAGGAGGAGGAGGGGGCCAUUAUAAUCACUUUGGCGGCGGCAGCUUCACAUUCCGUAAUCCUGAGGACGUUUUCAGGGAAUUCUUUGGUGGCAGAGAUCCAUUUGCAGAUUUUUUUGCUGACGACCCCUUUGACGAUUUCUUCGGAGGUAGUCGCAGUCACCACAGGGGCGCAAGCCGAGGCAGGAUGGGGGGAUCACUGUUUGGGUUCGGGGGCUUCCCGGCGUUUGGGCCUGGCUUCUCAGGGUUCGAUUCAGGUUUUAGCUCAUUUGGGGACAUGGGUGGAGGAGGAAUCACUUCCUUCUCUUCUUCAUCUUUUGGCAGUGGGGGAGGAGGAAUGGGUAACUUCAGAUCUGUGUCGACCUCCACUAAAUUCAUCAACGGCAGAAAAAUCACCACGAAAAGGAUCGUGGAGAACGGCCAGGAGCGGGUAGAAGUGGAGGAGGACGGCCAGUUAAAAUCCCUAACAGUUAAUGACGUUUCAGCCGAAGACCCCUUGGAGGAAGAGUUUCGUCGCCGCAGACAGAACGCGCUUCCUGGCCUCGGCCUGCACCAGCGCUACCUGAGGAGCUCCGCCCAAAACGUCUCAGAGGAAGAGGAGGAGCACGGCCUACAGAGCCUGGGACUAACGAGAGGACACACAGACACCAAGAGGAAGAAACUGUGGCUAAAGGAGGCAGAGUCCAAAAAGAAGCGAGCUCCUCGACUCUUCCCUCGGUUUGGUGGACUCGGUGCCUUUUUUUAAACACUUAGACACACGCACACGUAUGCAUUCACCGGCAGAGGUGCCAUCAAUCAUACGUGGCCGUAGUUCAUCGUUGCUAUGUAUCGCAGGCCCGACAUCCCCACUGCUGCGCCGUACCUCCCCUCCUCUAUCAGCUGCAUAACUGCUUCAUCAUCCUGCAGAGACCUCAUGUCAGUGUUUUGUUUUGUCCGUUUUUAGUAGCUCAGCUCGAGCUGUUGCUGUAUUUAUUGUGGGUGGGCUCUGUGGAUGUACAGUGAGCAUUCAGAAGCUUAAUUAAACUCCCCUGAUUGGACUUUCUACAGCGCACGCUUUGCAGGGAGUGUGUUCAAAAGAGUUCAGGUGGUGCAGUUGCAGCCUUGUUUGUGAUGAGCAUGAAAACUAUUGCAGUUAUAUUGUAUAGCAUGUGAGAAUAGGUGGAGGUCAAGCUACUGGGCGGAAACAAGGAGAGAAAAGGCUAUCUAGACAGUGUGAGAGUAGAACAGAAUGACAGAGUUUUAUGACAGCGAGAGACGAACAUGUUCUCCUCGCUCCUCCAUCAUACAUGAAAAGUGACUAUUAACACUCUGGCGGUAGCAUUAUCCACUCUUUUACAACUACUCCCACAGGGUGAAGAAUAGCUCUUAACCCCUCUCGGAGUCAUUAUUUCUUUAGUGUUCUUUGUACCGAGUGGAUUCAGCAACAUGUUAACCUUCCACGGGUGUUUUUGUAAAAGAUUUCUAAAACUAAAAUGUGGUGUCCCUCAUCAGAUCUGUCCUUGACAUGUUCUGAUUCCUGCAAGUGAAAAUGUCUCAGAAAUGUUCAUUUUCUAUGGACUCCUCCUAAU